AAAUAUAUGCUUAUGCUUUCGCUUACACUUACAGGGUUUCUAAGCGUAGGGUCUCUAAAACGUUCGAAAGCUAAACCUAUCUAGAACCAAAUUAAGGGAAGCUCCACAGCAUGUCCAGUACUGUAGUAACCCUAUUCUUGCAACCUCCGAGCAUCCGACAGCGCUUUGCACUACGAUGUUGCCCCAUCACUGUACUAUUAAUACGACCGGAAUGUAUUUGUCACAAUGUAAUCACCAGCCAGUCGUAGCUCGAGGCAUGAAGGAAACGUACAACAGAAGGCAAGUCCUUUACCUGAUAAGAAUAAUAGCAAUCACAGUUGACAUCACCGGGCAUCGUGCCAUAAUACGAGGGAGCAUGGAAUGAAUCUAGAGAAUGCGUAUAGAAUACCAACUUUGAGGCAUACCCGCUAGUGUCCAC